UUUUUAGAAGCAGCUGAGACCCAAAUGAAAGUACAAAAAUGUGCAAAAUGUUAAUUGUGCAUAAUACAUCCCCUUUAAAGUCUGCUUCAAUGAAUGUCUUAAUCUACCAACAAGUGAGGAGACAAUGCACAACAUGUUUAGGAUGUGUGAGGAGCGUAGAGCAGUGUGCAUGGCAGUACUUAAGAGGUUGUUAAUCUUCUUAGAGCUGCUAAGUACCCAGCUAAAAAUCAGCUACUGUCCAGAUUGUUUCUUCCUGCCCCAGAUAAACGACUCAGACGACAACAAAGGGUUAGCUCAAAGAAAUAUGUGGCAGAGUGUUCACACUGGCAGGAAAUAUGCACUUCCUCUCCUUUGGGAGCUGUGCUGACAGAGCGGUGGGAGAAGUUUUGGUGGGCCUCCACGACUUGAAGAUGUUUGGCAGCGGCUCCAAGAAGUGGUUUGUGAAGAAGCAGAAGAAGCAGCAGCAGCAGCAGCAGAAAUCUGGCAAGAGGCCAUGCACCAGGAAGAGGAAGAGAUGGGCGGCGAAGAUCCUCAAAGAGCACAGAGAGCAGAUCCUCAGUGAGCUGGAUGUCAAUGCUGUGCUCCCCUACCUGGUGUACGACAAGGUCUUCUCACUGGUGGAGUACAAGGAGAUCCUGGGUCAGGAGUCCAGCAGAGGACGGGCGGAGGUGUUCCUAAAUCACCUGUCCUCUAAAGGGCCCGCUGCUUUCGGCUCUUUCUGCUCCGUUUUGGAGGAGGUGUGUCCUCGCCUGCUGACCUGCUUCCUGUUGGAUGGAGAAGAUGGAGUCCCAGGACAGAGCAAGAAAGUGGGGUUCUCUGUACCCCCAAACAGUCCGGCAGAGCAGCCUCUGUGUCCACCCCCAAUGUACACGAACCCUAUGUUCAACACGAGAAUGUUUCUGCUGAAACCUGUGAUUCAGGCAGUUGUGCUAGGAUCCUAGGCCUUCCAUGCGUUUAAGCAGCUGCCUCCAAACAUGAAGAAAAUGAGAUGCUGGCAGGUUGAAGAGAAGGUGGAGGAGGAGAGCAGAGAUUAGCUGGAGCCGUGAGGUUAUGCUUCCCUGGGCCGAUGACUCACCUCGCAGCACACAGAGAGAGAAAGCACUGCGACAGCAUCGAGGUGUGACUCUCUCUGCAAACGCGUUUCAUUACUCUUGGUCUUCUUGGUGCAGUGCAUUCAUGAAAAGAGGACUUUCUCCGUGAACUCCUCUUUGUUUUCCGCAAAAGCAAUAAAUCACAGCGUUACAGCAGGCAGCGGGUUCGUGGGGCUCUCAUCCAGGUUUGUCUCCGCUGGGAGCAGCCUCUGAGUCCUACAAACCAACUUUGAUGAUUUAUUUUUUAUUUUUUGCUGCACGGGAUAAAGUAGAUGAGCAAGUCUGAGGACACGAAAAAGAAGGGCAGCCCCGUCUGUCCUAUUUACGUUCUAAAAUAAAGUACUUUAGUGUGUUAUUAGCACACACGUGUGCCUUUGCGUGCCGG